GGCGAUGCUGUACGUUGGUGCGAUGGACAGCUGCGAUUCGUGGGCAGGAUGGAUACCGGGCAAACCAAGAUCCGUGGGCAGAGACUCGAGCUGGGAGAGGUUGAGGCGACCGUCCUUCGCACCGGGCUCGUCGCCGACGCCGGCGUGAGCUACCACAAGCCGACCGAUAGUGGCGACCCGAGCCUUGUCGCAUACGUUGUUCUCGACCACGAGCAGUCGCCCGAGAAUGGCCUUCUCGAACGUCUAAGGGCGCUGUUGCCGUCCUACAUGGUUCCCGACCGGAUCUUCUCUGUGAACGCUCUUCCGCUCCAGACAAGCGGGAAGCUGGAUCGGCGUCAACUGUCAGCGAUGGCAGAGAAAGACGCGAGGCGUUGUAUGCGUGGAAUCACUGAAGACGUCCAGGAUAUCUUACCCACAGACGACAUGAAAGCUCGACUGUGCGGCAUCUUUUGCGACCUCUUAUCCAUUGGGGCGGCCCCACCCCUCGCGAACUUUUUCAGCAUCUGGGGACACUCGUUACUCGCAACGCGACUCAAGGCUGUGCUAGAAUCUGAGUUUCGCGUUGCUGUACCGCUCAAGACCAUCUUU